UAAUCAGUUAACCUCUAUAGUAUUCUUCUCCUCCAAACGAAAAGCCUAAUAAAAAUCUUUAUAUCCUCAAAGAAAAUGGAGAGCAAGAUCAUACUUGUGGUGAUGAUAUUGUUUACGAUUGGAAACCUUAUGGUUAAAUCAGAGGGUUUAAGCAAAUAUGUUUCUCCAAAUUCUGCGUUAUGUUAUCCUGGGUGUCUUGAAGUUUGUAUCACUGGUCCUUACUCGCAAAACAAAUCUUCAUGUUCCACGAAAUGUGCUGAACAUUGUUGGAAACCAAAUCCUGAUAAUUAUUACUGCAAAGUCGAUUGUCUUACUCAUAGUUGUGUUUCAGUUAAAGAUCAUAAUGGUACAAUGAGAGAUGCGAAAAGGACUAUGAUCUGUGUGGAUUCAUGUUUGGAUAUGUGCGAUAAAAAGAAGUAUAGGAGAUAUUAAUCAGUUUUAUUAUGUACUUAAUAAAGAUAUUAUGAAUCAGUAAUGUUUAAUUGAUUUUAAUACCCUAGGUAAUUCAUGUUAAAUAUAUUUGCUUCAUAAUUUAACCUUUAUUUUAACU